AUGUUUGCGGAAAAAUACCAAACUCAUAAUACAUUAAGAUCAAAUAAUAUAACAACUACAACUACAACCAAAAUUCCUAAUUCUACAUCUAAUGACUCAUCAAAUAUACAAAAUAACGAUAGUAAUAUAACAUCUUCAACUGCAUCCACUACACCCAUUUCAUCAACAACUAAUUCCAAAACCAAUAAAGUUUCAUCUUUUGCAACCACUUUUUAUCCAAUGAUGCAAAAACUGCCGUCACCUUCUUCAUCAACAUCAUCAUUACCAAAAAUAGAUACAACAAACUUAUCAAUGUUCAAUAUAGAUAACUCAGAUAAUAAAUUGGGAAACCUACAGCCAAAAUCAUCACCUCCAGCCAAAAAUUCAACUUAUUUGUCUACAAAUUCAAAAAAAUCUUCUGUAAAUAAUAAUGACAAUACUCGAAAUAAUCAAGUAUUAAAUUCAGACAAUAAAAUAUGUCAAUGGUAUUGUUGUUCAUGUGGUCAAUCAUAUGGUUCAGUAUUAUAUAAGGAAGGUGAGAAUAAUCAAGAAACUUCUUUAAAUCAAAAUCAAAUACCUAAUCAAACAAAUUAUAAACCACAAGAUCUUCAAAAUUCAUCAUUCAGUAAUAGCAAUAACAAUAAGAAUUAUAUUUUUGAUAAUUUGAAAUAUUAUAGUAAUGUUGUAUAUAAGGAUCAUCAAAAUUUUAUAAAUUCACCCACUAAUAAAUCAGUCAACAACAACAACAACAACAACAACAAUAAUAAUAAUAGCUAUUUUGAAUAUAAUCCAUCAUCGUCAAAAGAACUACAGAAAUCACCAAAUACCAGAAAAAGGGAAAGAGAAGAAGAAGAAGAAUCACGGGAAACUUCAAAUCAAGAAAAUCGACUGCAAAAAUUAAAACCUGUGUUUAGUCCCAAUUCUAUAUCAACUCCAAUAUUAUCUCCAUUAAAUAUAAAUUUAGAAUUACAAUCAAACAACAAUAAUAUAAUUGAAUAUAAGGAAAAAGUUAUAUUAAAUAUUCCAACAAGAUUUAUAUGUCACAGAUGUGAUCAUAUGAUGUGUCCUUAUUGUUUGAAAUUAAGGUUAAAAGAUAUAUAA